GGAGCAACGUGCAACUGGGAAAACACUCCCCGUCCGGGGGAACCGAUCGAGAGGGACCACGGGGCUUGGUACUGUACGUUCUUGUAUGAUAUGUGAUGUGGGCAAUUAUAUAAUUAAGGAUUAAUCCAACUUUGAAUCUGCUGUCCAGUAAUUAAGAUGAUUAAAUCUGAAAUUCUAAAAGGUCACUCAUCUAUUCCUCAUACUGAUGAGGUAAUAAUUGUUUGUGAAGAUGGGUCUUUCCAAAAAAAUGGGCAGAAGACAAGAAUUCUAGGUCCUGAACAAUUAGCCCCAAAUCAGGUCUUAAUAUCUGACUUCAAGCAGCAGAAACUUGAGAAAGAAGCACAAAAGAACUGGGACCUAUUCUACAAAAGGAACAGCACCAAUUUUUUCAAAGACAGACACUGGACAACUAGAGAGUUUGAAGAAUUAAAAGCCUGCCAUAAAUUUGAAGAUCAAAAAUUGACAAUUCUGGAAGCAGGUUGUGGUGUUGGGAACUGUUUAUUUCCACUUCUAGAAGAUUUGAAUAUGUUUGCUUAUGCUUGUGACUUCUCUCCCCGAGCAGUGGAAUAUGUAAAGCAAAAUCCUCUAUAUGAUGCCAAAAGAUGCAAAGUAUUCCUGUGUGACCUGACCAAAGAUGAUCUUGUGGAAAAUGUACCAUUAGAGUCAGUGGAUGUGGUUAUGUUAAUAUUUGUACUUUCUGCCAUUCAUCCUGAAAAGAUGCAUUUCGUUUUGAACAAUAUUUACAAGGUAUUAAAACCAGGUAAAUAUGUCCUAUUCAGAGAUUAUGGCCUUCAUGAUCAUGCAAUGCUGAGGUUUAAAUCUGCUUGCAAGCUGGGAGAAAACUUCUACGUACGACAAGAUGGAACCAGGUCAUACUUUUUUUCUGAUGAGUUUUUGGCAGAACUUUUCCUGUCUGUGGGAUAUGAGGAAAUAAUCAAUGAAUAUGUGUUUCGAGAAACUCUGAACAAAAAGGAAAAUAUAUGUGUGCCAAGAGUUUUUCUCCAAAGCAAAUUUCGAAAGCCUCUGAAAUAAAUUUUUGGUGAAAAGUUGUUAGAUAGUUGAAGUUCAAGACUACUUUCUUAUGUUACUCAGUUUAAACCAAGUUUUAUAUCAAGCCCGUGGGCCAAAAUAAGCCUAGCACUUGUUAGUCCUCUUUUAUUGAUACAAUACUGAAGACAGUGGAAGAUUCUGCUUCUAUUUUAAGUAUAAUUCAAUAAUUUUGGGAUUAAACUACCAGCUUUCAAAUUUGUAAUUCA